AAUGGAUAAAAAAAAGCCAAAUUCCAAAACGGUUAAAAAAACAGCUAAAUCGGGCAAAAUUAAAGCGGCGGGCAACGAUAUGCCGUUAAUCUCCGAGGAGGAAUGGAAAACACGCGAGCUUCGUCACCAGCAACGGCUCCAGGAUAUCAGAGUGUGCCUGGGCUUCAUAACUGAGUCCAUAACGGACUAUAAGGAUCUGCUGGUGGAGCAGAGCCAUUCGACACAUUGGAAUCGUUAUCUCGCCUGCGAUGGCCUGCCACGGGUGCAGAAUCCGCCGGAGAUACGCUGCAUGAUUGCCGAGAUGCGACACUUUGAGGCCAAGCAUGUUGAGUCUGUGGUCAAUUGGGCACUGUCUGUGGAUGAGCGAAGCAUUCUCACCCAGGACAUAUUCCGCACCGAUCUGACGCGCCAAACACUCCAACAGAACCUUCGUCCCAAUAUUGCUCGCAUCUACGAUGAAUAUGUGCAGCGCAUUCUCACAACUCUGGAUCGCAUUGAGCUGUUGCUGGCCAGCGAUUAUGACAUGACCGAUCUGCCCGCGGAUCGGGCCUUGGAAAUAACAUCACUGCGUAGUGAACUGAACCAGGAAAUCGACGUGAUCUUCGAUAAACUGACCUAUCGCAUUGUCUGUGCGCCGACCUCCUACAGAACCGCAUUUGAUGGGGUAACGGAAACCUAUUGCUACGAGAGCCCCAAUUUUAACUUUCAGCUGUGGUGGCUGAGCGAUGUGCCGAUACGUUUCCAGUAUUUGGAGCUACCCCUAAUGCUGGCCGAUCUGAAUUGUGUGGGCAUUAAGAUACAAAUACCAAUUAGUGUGCUUGGCGACAAUCUGACGCUGCGCUGCAUACACACCUUCUUCGAUCCCUAUUCGGAGAGUGCCAAGAGCUAUGAACAGGUGAUCGAUAGGGUGACAGAUAAUUUCAACGGGGGCAUGAUGGACAUUGAGGAUUCCCUGAUCAACGAGUGGCUGAUGCAGGUGAAUAUCAUGGAAAAUGCAAUAACCCAAGUGGAAACGAAGCUAAUCGAGUAUGAGGAGUAUCUGAGAGAAAUUGAUGUAAGGGCAGCCGCAUCCAAGUCGAAAGAAGCUGAUAGGAAUAAAAACAAAAACAAAACAAAACAACCUACGCAAAAAAUGAAGGUAUUAAAGGAGCCCGAACAAAUUCCGGAGGGCAUGUUUCCCGAUCCGCGUAACGCAUUUCUCGAGCAGGAACAGCGCGAAUUCGAGGAGUUUCUCGACGAGUUCCUUAAUCCAGCGAACAUGCACCUGAAGCCAUACGAGAUUAAUUUACGGCGUUACUGUAUACUGGGCGGACUCUAUUCGAUGAUCUUUGUACAGAAACCGAAGCACACGGACUUUCAAAAGUUCAAUGUAACCCUGCAUGAAGAUGGACGCAUAUUGCGUACCUUGGAGGAGGUGCGUGCGGAUGUGGACGAGGAUGGUGAGGAGGGCAAUUAUAUGGCAGGAUCGCGUGCCGCUUCCGUGCGUUUCACUACAACGUCGUCGCAUAAGAUUCGUAUGAACUUUGCCCAGGCCAUGGAGGAUCCAACAAUUGAACAAUUUCAGCUGAACGCGGACGAGUUACCCUAUUUCUGUAUGACCUUUAAGCUGCCGGAGCAUCUAUGCAGAUUUGGCCAACCGCUUGCCUGUCAGUUCAUCGAAGAGGAGAUCGAGGAGGAUGAGCCGGAGCACCUGUUAACGGUUGAGCUUGAAGAGCAUCGAAAUAAGAAAAAGAAAUCGUUAAGAAAAAUAAAUCCCGCACUGACGAACGUGAAGGCACCAACAGCACCUGAGGGCAAGGAGAAAAUCAAGAAUGCAAGUAGGAAGACUGUUGUUAGAAGAUCUAUAGAUCUCACGAGUUAUUUGCCCAGACCCAGGCAGUCGAACAUUAUACCAAGAACGCUACACCCAAAGAACCUAUAUCGUCGCUCCGUCCUUAGCAUGCUACGUCUGAGCUCUCUGCGGACCACAAUACUGCCCGGCGUACAUUUUCGUAACUUUCCGGUAACUGGCAAGCCGUUAACCAAUAUGCAGGCACGCGAUCUGCAGCGUCAUUGCCUGCCUCGGAUUUUAUCCUCCUUCAAGUUUCCUACGGAGUUUCGAUCGGAUCGAUCCGAAGAACUGGCCGAAAGAGGGGCGCGCGGCUGCAUUCUUAUGCGGCGACAUGUUGCGGACACAACAAAGUACGAAGAGGAAGAGAAGCCAGAGUACUUCAAUUUUGAGAAGCAGGAAGCACCUGAAAGACUUUAUCCCGUUUUUGACUGGCGCGAACGAUUGCUGCUGGAAGAGUCCUCAUCGAGUGAGACGUCGUCAUUGACUGAAGGCGCGGUUAAAAUCAAGUUUGUCAAAGUCGAUCAAAUAGGCGAUGUUGUUAAAGCGGAUGAGCCCGAGAAGCAAACCAUAUAUGGCGUCAUCAACACUCUGCAGGAAAUCCAAGAUAAGUACAAGGCGCAUUCAAAGAAAAUCACAGAACAGCCCAAUUUUAAUGUUAAGGCCAUUCCCCAAGCCCGGGCCAAUGCAUCAUUAGAAACGCCUGAGAGCGCGCUAACUUCUCGACCCAAGUCCACAGUUCACAUCUCCGUGGUCGGUACUAACAAAGUAAUACCAUCAGCAAAGUCCACACGCCAAUCUCAUGCCCGAACCUCCGGGGAAGCGACUCAACGCCUGCCCAUCGAUAUGGAUAGCGACACAAUCAGCAUUAACUCAGGCAUUGCCUUCCAUCCGCACAUGAGAAAUUCCAAAUUGGAAUCAUAUGACGAUGACAAGGAAUCGCGCAAGGAGCUACCCAAAGUCAAGCACUGGACAACAAAGUAUAUACAUCGCACCGUAUUCGAGCCAGAGACCUUAACGAUCAAGAUCCAAACGGAUCGAUUGGGUAUUUUUGGUUUUGCCUACAAGCGCUACGAGCAGUUUCCGUUUCGCAAUUGGACCCUGCAGUAUAACGAAGAGGAUAUCAACGAGAUCGUGUUUAAAUUGGACACCUUCCAUGUAAGCAUAUAUCUGUUUAUAACUAAUGCCGGCAUACGGGGCUAUGUGACGAAAACGACCACCGAGUAUACGGCUAGGCCAGUCAAGUAUUUGGAAAUCAAGGAACCCAUAUCCGACUAUCGUGAGCUACGCAGGCGCUUCUGCGAGAAGAACAUCAAUAUAUUUGCGGAGCACGAUGCCUGCUAUUAUAUUGAGAAUGGUUACUUCUCGGAGAAGCAUCUGGCGACCGAGUUGCAUAUCUACGAUGCAUUUGCCAUUCACUGCAAGCUGAUAAAGUUCUAUCGCUGCGAUUGGAAUCGUUUGGCGACGCGGCGCAAUAUUGUGCUCUGUCUGCGCAAUCCGAAGGACUUGAACGAUGGUGCGGAUGUCACCGUCCGUGUAACGCCAGACAAUUCAACAUUUGUGGAAAUCUCUGAGGCCUGCUCGGAUAAUUUGGAUGUUAUCAAGCUCGACUAUCUGCUCACCUGGCGCAACAUUGGCGUCUACUCGGAUUUGCAUCAGCUGAUCAACUCAAUGUAUCCCCAGGCAACAGAUGUGCGAAAUCGUGAUCCCAAAUUGAUCUACUAUAUACGCACACUAUUCACCGAGGUCCGACCCUUAAGUUUCUCCUAGGUGGGACGGCCAACUACUUGAAGCGCAGAUGAUGCUCAGCUCUUGCCAUGUACAUUUUAAGAAAAAUGCAUUCGCUUCUACAAUUGACAUCAAUUAAAACCAAUUUGAAA